AUGCUCCGUGCCAAGCCGUUCGUACUCGGCCUCGGGUGCCUCGCGCUCUUCGUCAUCGUCUUCAACACGCUCUCCGUCGUGCACUUGGCCCACCUCGAGCGCACGUUGCGGCAAGGGGGUAUGCCCCCCCGCUACACCCCGCGCAAACUUCAUUUUUUGACGCUCGCUGACGACACCCGGCCCGAAAUCUGCCUCGUAGCCGCCGCCGUGCACGCGACGGGCCAUCAGCUGCAGGUGCUGGCGUGGAAUCACUCGACGAAUUUCUUCGACAACACGUCGUGCGGGGCCCAGUGCGGGGCCAAUACCGCCAACGACUUUCGCGUCGGACAGCAAAAGAAGACCCACUGGCUGCACCACUACCUCGCGUCGCACCCGGAUUUGCACGACGACGACCUGCUUUUGUACACGGACGCCUAUGACGUGGUCGUACAAAUGCCAUUGGAUGUGCUCACGCAGCGCUUCUUACGCCAAACCCGCGGGCAGCGCGGUAUCCUCUUCAACGCCGAGCCCACCUGCGGCGACUCGUUCACGCUUGGCGGCGACUACGGCGACCAGCUGCGCGCCGCGUCCUUUGACCAUGGCACGGGCCCGAAUUUGUUUCUUGGCUCGGGGGGCAUCCUCGGCGAUGUUGCUAGCGUCCGCGCGUACCUCCGCCGCGUCAAGCAAGUGCACAAGGCACAGCAAGACGCCUACGACGCUGGGACAAGUCCCUUCUUCUUUUACGGCGACCAAAUUUCCUUUCAGCUCGCGUACGUGCAAUUUCCCGAGCUCAACGCGCAGGUUGACCGCGACGGUGACAUCUUCUUUGUCGUGUCGUCGGGCGUUGGACACGGGACGUUUGAGCACCUCACGCCCAACAGCGGGUGCUCGUCGGCGUACUAUGUCAACGGCAGCGGCAGCCUCUUGACGUGGAGUGGGUCAGCGCCGGUCUUUUUUCAUUUUCCUGGCGGCUUCAAGUUUAUGUACGCGUCCUGCGCGCGGGCUGUCACGGCGCACUUGGUGCACACCGCCAAGCAGCCACCGGUCAUGUACGACGUCGACCGUCAACGGCCCAUUGCAAUUGCGUCCAUCUGCCCCGAAUAUGCACCUAGCCCAUAG